CCACCACUCGUUCACCCAUAAUCGGGAAGCAAUGAAUUCCCCUCAAUCGUCUAUUUCCUUCACCGACACGCCAAUACCGCUCGAUGUUCCUCCAGCUCCCCUCGAAGAUGCCCCUCUAGCGCCCUCGUCGUCGACCAACAAGCCCCUGCCCCCGCGGCCCCCGCCUAGUCGCACCGUGAGCUUCGCCGACACAGACGACGAAUACAUCUACAGCACGCAAGACAACUCGUACCAAACACCUCAAUAUGUAUACAUCAUAUACACUCUCUCAAUCGCAUGCUCCGUCGCAUCGGUGGGAUGUUUCCUCGUGGCUAUGUACAUUGCACACCACAUACCGUUCGCGAACGAGUGGACUCAGCAGACGGAUCGGUAUGGCGAGCUAGGGGUGCGGGAGAUGAUGAUACUGGGGGGCGUCAACGCAGCGUGGACAGGCUUCAAUUUGCGAAUGGCGCGGCAAAAUACGUAUUUCCGGCUGGUGGUGCUGAAUUCGAUGUACGACUUUCUCAUCUGGGCGGCGCUGCUGGCUUUUGCGAUACUUGUGUACUUGGUUGAGCUGCUGGACCGCGAUAAUAUGUGCUGGAACUCAAAUGUUCCGCGCGACCGGGUGGGCGAGUGUGAGUAUUUUAGUGAGCAGAUCUUAUUACCGCUGGAUCUGACCGGGGCCGGGCUACCUAUGCUUGUAGCUGUGCUGCAUUUUAUCCUGCUUAUUGCGAGGUGUAGUCUGGAUAUCCCGGAGUGGUGGAAAGGCGAGGGGCCGUAUCCUUAUGAUGACGUUGGGUUGCAGUUGCAGCGAAUGACGACGGAGAGUGGAGAUUCGGAAGAAGCGCAGAGACUGGUCCCCGCAGACGAAGAGGAUGGGUCUGAAGACGAGCAAACACAGCUGCCGGAGACUGAUGCACAGGCUGAACCGCACGAGUCGAGAACGUCCCGUGAUGAGGAAGAAGGUCUUAUUCAACUAUAAAUAUCCUACCACAUUGUCGUCGCUUUGAAGGAGUACCCGUCUCUUCUCAGGACUUCUUCCCCAUAAAAUUGCCAUUUACGACGUGCUGGUCUCUUAUCACCAUAUGUUUAUAGGUCCCACCAACAAUCG